AUGAGUACGGAGUAUCUUUCAAAGGAUAUUUUAGAAGAAGAGUUUUUGAAAAUUUCCGCUUCGUAUCGUUACUUACAAAAAUUCUUAGGAUCUUGCCGAGUUGAUGCUCGCGAUAGAUUUGUCACCGCGCCAACAAAGUAUCAGAAAGCGUAUACCGUCAUGUGUAUUGUAAUCGCUACCUUUUUAUUUAUAAAUUUAAACUUAAUAUUAUAUAAUGAAAUGUCUGGAAAAAAAUUUAAUAUUUACCGCAUUAUAUUUUGCGCUCUGUCAUUGAAUUUCGUCACUUAUUUACUUAAUAUCAUACAUGUUAGAUUUUUUAAUGGCGAAGAUAACGCUAAAUUCUUUUGCCAGUUGCAAAGAAUAGAUCGUAUGUUAAAUAUUGAAAAUAAUAAAAUAAUAAAUAGUUUUGCAAUUAUAAUGAACAUUGCUUCGAUAUCAUUCUUAAUGUUAGCGUAUCUAAUAAUCUGUGGUGCUUCAUGGUACCAAGAAAUAAUAGUUUCUAUGGGGUUGCUCGGAGUUCUAUACAGUCAAACCACGUUUACAAUAGAAAUCAGUUUCUGUGCAAAUACCAUAAUAAUAUUUUAUGUUCGGCUACGUUUUUUAAACUCAGUCAUUCGUAACUAUUUGCAUAAAAAUAUUAAAUACGCAAAGAUGGGAUUGAUCAAUUAUCCUUCUGAGGAGCGAAUGUGUUACUUAGCGAGCAAAAUACAUAACUUCGCUUCAUGCGAUACGGAUAUUUAUUUAAAAGAAAUAUUUGAUGCCUUCUCUAAGUUUCAAUACCUUUAUAGAUUUCAGGAAAUGAAUUUAUUCAUCAGUGUUCAAAUUCCAAUCGUAACGAUUAUCGAUAUACUUUUAUCGAUGUUUCUCUGCAUACGUUGUCAGCUGUUCCUCAACGAAGUAAAAACUACAAAAAAAUUAUCAACAAGCGUUAUGGCACUACAUAUUACUGGACCGUUAAGAGAGAAAGCUAAAAGAAUGUGGAAAAUUAUAGAUAAGACGCCGCCAAAGUUCUCUGUUUACGACAUGUGGCAUAUGGAUGCGUUCCUUCUGCUAAAAAUUGUUCACCUUCUAUCCACCCUAAUUAUAACUAUGUUGCAAUUCACUUUGUUAUAA